UGAAGCAGCACUUCUCUUCCCUGAGAGGAUUGUUUCAAAAAUACUUCCCAAACAACAGUGCUCAGUAUGCCUGGGUUAUGGAUCCAUUCAAUGCAGCAGAACCUGCUGAUUUCAGGUCUGCUGAGGAGGACCAGUUUAUUGACAUGACAUCUGACGCCACCCUGAGGCUCAGGUUUAAUGCUCAGACUCUCAGUGAAUUCUGGUUUGGAGUGGAGAGGGAGUAUCCACUCAUCGGGCAGAGAGCUGUGUGCAUUCUUCUUCCCUUUGCCACAUCAUAUCUCUGUGAGAUGGGCUUUUCAGCGGUUGCUUCACUGAAAACAAAGUACAGAUCUCAGCUGAACAUUGAGCAUGACUUGAGAGUGGCAGUAUCAAGCCUGCAACCCCGCUUUGAGAAAUUGUGCAAUGCAAAACAGGCUCAUUGCAGCCACUAAUGCAGGGAUAAAUAGACCUGUCUUGUCAGAUGAAUUUCACCUCUUUUCUUUUAUUAACAGAUUGCAA